AUGGCCCAGGAGCAGAGAGAGGAGGGUUUGCUGUCGGAGCUUCGGAGCUUGAGGGUGUCUCUGCAGCCGGCAGCACAGCCUCCAUCGCCAGCUGUGGUUCCAGGAGCUGCAGCUGCAACGCCAAGCACUUUGACUGGCAGCAGUCCAAGACUGGUAUUACCAACCCCAGCACCUCGCUCACGCUAUAGGCAGGGGUCGGUGUCACCAGCGGCCCAGAGGACAGACCCCGACAUCAGACCAGACCCACCACGACACUACUCCGAGCCAAAAAUUCCUCCAUACCAGCCAGGGGAGGACAUAGAGAACUAUUUAUUGCGCUUUGAGCGCAUUGCCAAGACCUGGAAGUGGCCAGAGGAUGAGUGGGCAUGCAGACUGGUUCCACUGCUGUCUGGUAAGGCAUUGGAGGCCUAUACCACCAUGGACGAGGAAAGGGCCCACUGCUACUCCGAUCUGAAGGAAGCGCUCCUGGUGAAGUUUGACAUCUCCCCGGAGACGUACCGGCAGCGAUUCAGAUCGACCAUCAUUCCACCUGGUGAGACUCCAACCGAGACCUACAACCGCCUGAGGGGCCUCUACCGACGCUGGAUCCGACCUGAGCAGCACACCAAGGAGGAGAUCGGCGAGGCCAUCGUCCUGGAGCAGCUGCUUCGCGUCCUGCCUGGAGAGGUGAGAACCUGGGUCAAGGAGCAUGAGCCACAGGAUGGGCAGACAGCUGCCAAGCUGGCUCUGCAAUACCUCAACGCUCGGAAGGGAGGACCGAUGGCACACUCGACCAGCGCGUCCCACCGACCAGCCCUUCAGCCGGACCUGUCCAGACCAGCAAGGAAAGAGAGCCGCCCUUGCACAUCAGGUACCACCACCACCACAACCAACCAACCAUCAGCUG